ACACUUUGGUCCACUCCACCAACACCAACACAGUCCCAUAUUGUCUUUCUAUUCUUGCUCUUCUCUCUUCCAAAUUCCUUUGCUUUUUUACCUUUCAAAUCUCUUUCUCUCUCUCUCUGCUUUAAGAGCCCCAUUUCUUAUUUUUUUCUCUUUGUCAUCCACAAAUGUUACCUCCAAAGCAUGGCCACAGAUUCUUCAAGUUCCGUAUCCAAGCACUCCUUCAAUCUUAACAAGCUCCCGAAACUGUCCCUCCUCACAUCCCACAAUUGCUUCUCACCCUCAUUCUAAUAUUCCUAGCAUCUUAAAACAAAAAAACAAAAACAUAUUCUUUCUGCUUAUCUUUAUCGGGUUAAUCCGAAUUAGUAAAAUUCCUACCACUACACCAACCUUUUCACUCUCAAACUUUUGUCAAAUACACUUAGUAUUUUUCUUUUUUACCUUAAAAAAAAAAAAAAAACAAAAACACAGAGAUAAAUCUAAAUGUUUGCUAAGAACUACGACUUCUCACGUGCGGUUGUGGAAAUGGCAUGGAUCAUGCUGAGGAUUGACUACUCCAGGCUUUUCUGGCUCCUCUUCGGUGUUUUCUCCUACGAAAAUCACGAGGGAAAGCCGCGGAUUUAGACCACGUUUUUUCAUUUUUUUAUUAUUACUACUUUGAAUUUUAAUUACUAGUUCCUUACUUACUUACCUAGCUAAAAGAUUUUACGUAAGAAUCUGAAAUCCUUAACAGACUGGGAAUUUGAAUUGUCCCAACAUCUCUCACCAAAAGUUCAGUUAGCUAGGUGGGCAGUUCUUGUCUCUCUUGGACAACAACAACAACAACAGCAACAACAAGGUUGGUGCUUUGGUCUUUGGGAGCUCAAACAUGUUCAGGACCAAUAUUGGAGAACGCACUAAUGAGUCCAAAUCGGAAUAUGGAUACGUGGAAACCGAUCCCACCCAUCGAUAUGGCAGAUUUAAUGAAGUUCUUGGAAAAGGAGCAAUGAAGAAAGUGUACAAGGCAAUCGAUGAGUUCCUUGGGAUUGAGGUGGCAUGGAAUCAAGUAAAACUGAAUGAGGUGCUUCGCUCACCAGAUGAUUUGCAGCGGCUGUACUCAGAGGUUCAUCUCCUCAGCACCCUUAAUCAUGACUCUAUCAUCAAAUUCCAUGCCUCCUGGAUUGAUGUUAAUCGCAAGACCUUCAACUUCAUUACUGAAAUGUUUACUUCGGGGACGCUUAGAGAAUACAGGAAGAAAUAUGAGAAAGUACACAUCCGGGCGAUUAAGUGCUGGGCUCGCCAAAUCUUAAGGGGUCUAGUUUAUCUGCAUGGCCAUGAUCCUCCAGUAAUUCAUAGAGACCUUAAGUGUGAUAACAUCUUUGUUAAUGGUCAUCUUGGACAAGUCAAGAUUGGUGAUCUAGGAUUAGCAGCAAUUCUUCGUGGUUCCCAGUCAGCCCACAGUGUUAUAGGUACCCCGGAGUUCAUGGCACCUGAAUUAUAUGAAGAAGAUUACAAUGAACUUGUUGAUGUAUAUUCAUUUGGCUUGUGUGUUUUGGAGAUGCUUACAUCUGAAUACCCAUAUAGUGAAUGUUCCAACCCUGCACAAAUCUACAAGAAAGUGACAUCGGGGAAGCUUCCAGGAGCAUUCUACCGGAUUGAAGACUUGGAAGCACAGAGAUUUAUUGGAAAAUGCUUAGUAACUGCUUCAAAAAGAUUAUCAGCAAAAGAAUUAUUGCUUGACCCUUUUCUCGCAUCUGAUAAAGAUGAACAGCUGCCCCUGAAAAAGCUUGGCAGUCAGAAUCCAUUUUUAAGUCAAAGAGAUAUGGAGAAACUAAAGUUGAGUGAUCCAGCUAGGACGAAAAUGACAAUCACAGGGAAGCUCAAUCCUGAUGAUUCCAUCUUUCUCAAAGUGCAGAUUGCUGAUAAGGAUGGUUCUGCCAGAAACAUAUAUUUCCCUUUUGAUAUUUUAACCGAUACUCCAAUUGAUGUUGCAACGGAGAUGGUGAAGGAGUUGGAGAUCACUGAUUGGGAACCAUUUGAAAUUGCGGAUAUGAUUGAAGGAGAGAUUUCUGCUUUAGUACCACAUUGGAGAAAAAGGGACACGUCUCAUCUUGAAACCCACCAGACAUUUAACUACCAAGAUGAUCAUGAUGAUCAUGAUGGGCCUCAUCAUUCCUUUCAGUCUUUCUCCUCCUGUUCAUCAUCCCAAGUAUCGGCAUCAGGCUUAAUGAGGAUUGAUGAAACAGCAGACCACUAUGAUUGGCUCCAAGAUAAUUUGCUUGAUGAUACCAGCUCUCAAAGCUCUUCACACUCAGGAACAUAUUCCAACUUAUAUUACUUAUCUGGCAAUGAGCACGAAUCCAAUACAAGUCCAACAAGGGGAGAUCAACAUAGCAUCACAAAGACUCACAAGUGUACAAGGUUCUGUCCUGGGGAAGUCCAUAACACGGGCCAGUCCAUGGCUGGUAAUUUCUGCAGGCAAUGCACGGUUUUACGUGGAUCACAUGGAGCUUCUAGUUCUAAAGAAAAGGUGUUGGUGGACAACCGCAUAUUAAUGAGAAACAGGUCUCUAGUAGAUGUACGUAGCCAAUUACUACACAGGUCAUUGGUGGAGGAGGUGAACAAGCGCAGGUUAUUCAAAACAGUUGGAGCCGUGGAAAAUAUUGGGUUUCAAGCACCAAUUGAGGUUUCUAAAAACGUGUCACGGCCAUCUGGUGAUGCUUUUUCAAUGAGAAGUACCAAAAAUGGCAGGAAGCAAGGACAUCAAAUCAGAAGAAAUUGAAAAUGCUUCAAUGAGAAGAAUGAUAGAUAUGUUAAAAGAUGCAGACACAUACAAAAUGCUUAGUUCAAUGUAGAAUGGCCCUCUGUGUAUAAAGAUAGUUUUGAAGUUGAUUUCAAGGCCCUUCUGUAAUAAAAAAAAAAGAGAGGGUAGGGGGUGGGCAAUAGGCAUCAAUGUCAGCUGGUACGAGAAUUGGGCAAAUUCAACGUGCUGUGUAGUAAAAUUCUGGAUAGAAUUGUAUGUAAAUAUGUCUACAAGGAGCGUGAUGUUUGAGAAUAAACGCCUGUUUGAAACUAA